AUGGAUCGUGCCAAUGCCUGGCUGGCUCGUGUCAAUGCCUGGCUGCUCGUGGGCAUUAGCUCCCUGGCUGUCGGGCUGCUCUUGUGGCGACGUGGCAGCUUUCCGAGCAGUACCACCCGCGAGGUGCUCGAACGUCCUUCAGGCAACGGUGCUGACAAGAAGUUGCCAGCACAAACUGAGGUUCGAAAGCCAACUUUGCAAAGUCCUGCCGGCCUGACGGCCGAAACGUUGAUAGCCUGGAUCAAUACUCUGACCAAAACUGACACCUUCGCCAUUCCUACGUUGUUGGAUUGGGUGGAGCAAUUGGCAACGGAGGAAAAGCAUGUGGAGCAUCUGGCACGCUGCCUGACGGCUCUGCAGCAGCUUAUCGCCCCAGGCCAUGAAUUGGCUGCCAGAGCUGUAAAAGCUGGAGUGAAGGCGAGCCGCCUCGAACUUGAUAGGUCUCUCGAGCUCUUGAUCGUGAUUCUCAAGGGCAGCAGACGUCACAGUGGCCCGCCGGUAACAGUUGAAGUGGUUGAUCUGGCGAUGCGCACAUCGCAAGGAGCUUUGGAUGGUGUUGUGUCUCGCACAGCUUACCAGCGCGGCUGCCGACUUCUGCACUUCAUAGCACAAGGAACCCUCGGCAAAGACCUGCUCAUCGCUUCUGGUGGUCACGACAUGAUACUGGAACUCAUGCGAGAGUUUGAAGAUGAUCCUGGAGUCAUGCUGGAAGGCUGCAGCUGCCUCCUUUGCCUGGUACCCAACUCCAGCUUGGAUGCAGAAAAGGCUGCCGAGUUGAUGAUUCGCUGUCUGCAGAAAUUUCCCGCGAAGCUUGGACAGAGCCAAGGUCACCGACUGAAGACUCGCAUUGGCCGUUAA